AUGAGCUCGAGACUCGUCGAUAUCAUCAAGUCAGCGGCAAAGCCUCUCCCUCCUCUUACCGACGAAUCGUUUGGGUCGUAUUUUGACCAUCUCAAAAAUUACAAGGUCGUUUUAUUGGGCGAUGGAAGCCAUGGCACGUCAGAGUUCUAUCACGCGAGGGCCGAAAUUACGAAGCGCCUGAUUGAGCAUCACGGCUUCGACACCGUGGCGUUGGAAGCAGACUGGCCCGAUGCCGAAGAACUUGAUAGAUACGUGCGACAGCGACCGGGGCUCAAGGGUAAAUUGGAGCAAGGAAAAGAUGAGCCAUUUCAGAGAUUCCCGACAUGGAUGUGGCGGAAUAAGGAAAUGCAAGACGUUGUCCACUGGAUGAGAGACCAUAAUGCGAAACUUCCUCCCCAGAAAAGAGCCGGGAUUUAUGGGCUGGACCUUUACAGCAUGGGAAGGUCUAUUGAGGGCAUCAUCAAAUACCUUGACGGGGUCGAUCCGAAAAUGGCAAAAUUGGCACGCCAGCGGUACGGCUGUCUGCAACCGUGGGUAGAAGAUCCGACAUCGUACGGAUUCGCGAAUUUCACCACUACCGGAAUGAAAACUUGCGAGGACAAGGUCAUUGGAAUGUUACGAGAUCUGCUGCAGAAGAGGUUGGAAUACUCUGCUCAUAGGCACGAUGGGGAAGAGUUCCAUAGCAUGGAGCAAAAUGCUUAUCUUGUGGCCGAUGCAGAGUCGUAUUAUCGAGCGAUGUAUUCUAGCCGGGCAGACUCAUGGUCUCUUCGAGACACGCACAUGUUUGAAACGCUUAAUCGGUUGCUGAAGUAUAAGCCUUCUUCCAAGGCUAUAGUAUGGGCACACAACAGCCAUAUUGGAGACGCAAGAUAUACCAGUAUGGGCAGGCAUCGUGAUGAGCUCAACAUCGGUCAGCUAUGCCGUGAGAACCUUGGGCGUGAGAAUGUGGCCUUGAUUGGAUGUGGGACACAUACGGGCACUGUGACCGCUGCACACGAAUGGGAUGAUGAUGCAGAGAUCAUGAAAGUACGGCCGUCCCGAUCUGAUAGCUGGGAAUACUUAGCUCAUCAAACUGGCAUCCCGUCAUUCUACCUCGAGCUCCGGCAGGGUCUGUCCGAUCCGGAAACCCGCCAGGAAAUCCUGAAGGCAUCACCCCGAUUAGAGCGGUUUAUUGGCGUGAUAUAUCGUCCAGCAACUGAACGAAUGUCCCACUAUUCCGCAGCUGAUCUCGCAGAUCAACUCGACGGGUAUAUUUGGUUCGAUGAAUCCCAAGGGGUAAGGCCUCUGGAGAUGACGCAACCCCGCACGCCGCUCGGAGUGGACGAAACUUAUCCCUUCGGGCUACCACCGUUGACCCCUGCCAGCCUGUACCGUUGCUGCAUCAACAUGCCAGUCACUCGUCGGUCCGCCCGAUUGAGGGGGCAGACACCGACCCUUGAGCCAUCUCAAGUUGACAAAAGCCAUUCGCGACCCGCUGCCAAGCUGCCAUCCCUUGUCGAACAUGACGAUGAACCAACGGCACCUAGCGUGAAGUCGGGCAAUAAUACACGGCCGACGACUCCUAUACAAAAACCACUCUCUACGCCUUCAAAGGCUAAAUCUAGCUCGAGGGCAUCUGUUAAAACACCGUGCACAAAUGGACCCGUGAAACCGAGUCAUGGAGAAAUGCAUCCUAGCAAGGUUCAUCAGAGUACCUCAAAACAGCUUGACAGUGGCCUUAUACUUGGAUUUCAGCCAAUUCAAAAGGACCCAAAUGCUCCAAGCAAUCCUCUUCUGACCCUAUCCAAUACACCUUCAAAAGGCCGACUCUCGCACCCUGACCAGCUAGAAGCAUUGAGCUACGACUUCAAGUUCUCCUGCGAGGACUCUGGGCUUAGCGUCGAGGCAAGAGACAUUAUGAAGAGCAUCCGAGAAGAUGCCGCGAAAAUUAAAGCUGAAAUGAAAAUUAAAGGGCCUGAAUCAAAGGAUAAAGAGGAGAAGCCGAAACAGAUGGGCGAGAGGAAAAUCGCCAAGGUAAAGAGCAAGAUCGGACGUUUCAGUGAAAUCCAUAUGAAUCAAUUCAGGAAGAUGGACUCUAUAGCCAAUCAUCCUUCUGCCUUCAGAGCUCGUCCAGAUCGUGUCCAGCCUCCCGUUUCGAAAGGUCUCAAACGCACCAUUUCGAAGGCUCGUCUUGAUGAGCCGGAGCGACCUUCCCCAGCUAAAACUAAUGUCCGUGUACCCGCGACUACGUCUACCAACUUGCCCGCAAAACGCCAAAAGAAUAACGGGAAUGAAGAUAUUUCUACUCGUCGACCACUGUUCAAAAAUGACCAAGCUACGAAUAGACCCGGCACAAGCACCAAUUCUUCCCUCCCUGAGAACAUUGGAACGCCGUAUAAACCAAAGAUUACACACUCUACAAGUGUGCAGCACUCUAAAACCACCAAUAUUCCUUCAUUACUACCACGCUCGCCUUCAAAAUCUAACCUCGCGCCUCGAACUCCACAGACGGACCUCAAAACAAAAACCAACAACACAACUCCCGGUCUUGGGACUCUGAAAUCAAUUCUACGCCGACGUCAACCACUGUUUUCUAAUGACCCGCUAAAGGUUGCUGCUGGGACCCAUCAGGCAUUUCCGGAUGGUGACCUGAGCACCAAACUCCUAUUCGCGACGGAUCCUACCAAUCCAAGUCCAACGAUUCCUUCCGCUAAAAAGCGCGUUGAUUUCUCUGAUAGCACCAAUACUCGUGAUGCAAAUGAACCAUUGGACGGCCCUCGAACGCCUGAUUUGGGCCCCUUGGAAGACGCCGAGAGUGGUGAUAUCGUUUAUCCAACGCUGCCGCCUCUGAGCACGCCCAGAAAUGCCGAACAACUUGCUUUCUUUUACGAGCCUUCUCCAGUUAGUACACGCAAAUCUUCGGUAACGACCAAUACGCGUCGACAGCUUGCCUUUUCAACUCCUGGGGCGAUCCCGCACGGCAUAACUAACAAGAAACGCCAACGGGAGGAACAUGGGGCUGAGGAGCCAGAUCAUGCUGCUAAAUUUACGACUGAUCAGCGAAGUGCUAAAAGGGUCAAGGUCCUCCCGAUGCCUGGAUCGAAGACUCAGACUCCCAGCCCAGUGAAGCAACGUCCGAUCCAGACAGCAACUCCACGAAGUGCCAUUCGCGCUACAGCCGGCUCGGCACCGACGUUAAAUCUCCGAUUGCGUUUACUCGCCGCUUCUCCGCUAUGA